GCACGAUAGAUACAUAGGAUACGCAUUUUCGGACCAAAUGAUGGAGUCCGAGGUGGUGUAUUGGCCACGGCACCUGUGGGCUCCUGCUACCGACACUGCUGCUACUGCAUCCUCAUCUAGAGCUCUAUGUCGUCGCCUAUCUUCCAGCGCUUUGUGCGUUGUGUCGCUGGACUCGAAACCUUCCGCGGGGCUUGAGCAUUUACCUUCGAAGAGCUCAAAAACUCGUCGCGUCGUAUUGUUCGACGCCGACGUGGCGGCGCUCGGGGACUUUGAGACGCUCCACUCACCGCAGCUUCUACGGGAGAUUGGCGAGCACCUUGCGCGUCGCUACAAAGAUGGAACGAAAGCAGCCGCAGCUUCUGGAGCGGGGGUCACUGGACUCGUGGAGGCCGUGGGGUACUACACGCUCUUCGCGCCCUCCGUGGUGCUGCUGGCAGUUGCAACCGCAUUCCAACACUUUAUACAGAACAUGAAGACUCCUUCGUGGCUUUUACUUGGUGGCGGGAAGAGCUUAGCGGUAAGAGAAGUUAAGAUUUAGGGUGACUGAAGACCUAAUUGAAAGUGGAUGAUCUCUUUACUUGCAGGAGCUGUCGACAUUCCUAGCGGUGCUAUCCCAGCAACUACACAAUGCAGCGAGUUUACCUGAGAGGUUGAGGAACUUUUACCUUUUGAACAAGCAGAGGAGACUAUCGCAUCAAGAGAAAUUGGAGCUACUGCAGAUCUUGAACUGGAUAUGCUUCGUCCUACUGGACAUAACACUUGGACGGUUAGUACUAAGUUAUGUGAACGGGUUUACUGCAUCAGACUUUCAAGCCACGAACAUGUACGCACUCUUAAGCACUAUCCCCGUUACGGGAUUCGUCGGUAACGCUGUGAUUUCCUGUUCCUGUUGACUAGCUCUCCUACUGCAGUUGUGGAGUUUUUGCGUGGUAACGUGGAGUGGUUGAUGGGUGCGCCUGCGGGUUUCAAGCUGAACAAGCCACUGGCUUCAAUCCUGGGCAACGGCAUCCUCUUGUGGCUGAAUCUUUGGAGCUUUGUGUUUGAGGAGCUCUCGGUUAUACCAAAUAACAUCAGUCUGGGCUGGUGGCUCCUUGUACUGGGCAGAUAUAUGGGCGUGACGCUGCAGUUGACGCUGGUAGCAGACUUCAUGAAGCUUACAACGUGGCACUCGCAUUGGGUUUAUCUCUACUUUGCCAAGCUAAACCGCCUGCAGUUCGGACUGUUCUCCUCGCUGUCGAAGCUUUUCUUGGGCAAGAAGAUCAAUGUGCUUCGUCACCGCGUGGACACGUGCGAGUAUGACGUCAGGCAGCUCCUGCUGGGUACGCUACUGUUUACGAUUUUGUCUUUCCUCGUGACUACCAAUCUGGUCUUCUUCGUGUUCUUCGCCGGGGUACGUGGCAGCAUCGUACUAAUAUCGUUGUUGUUAUGGCUGCCGGUCGUGGUGCUGAACUCGCUGCCUCUGGCUUCACUUUUGUAUCGGGUGUGGAAUCCUCGUUUCUUCGUCAUCGGGAUGGAGCUCCAGACCUGUCAGGAACCUGAAGAUACUGGUGUUGUCAUCGAGAAUGUUGGGGUGGGCCGUCAAUCGCCACAGCUGGACGCACAACAUCGAAGAACACUACGACAAGCGCUCGCGAAGUGGGAAAACAGCAACGAAUCUAGCGCCAAGGGUACCGUUUUCGAGCUCGUUCCGGUUUCUUCUAGCUUCUCGGCACAGUUUACAAGGCUACGUGCAUACCUGCAGGCUGUGGGUGCUCGGUAUUCGCUGGCUGUCAUCGUGAAAGCCUGUCUGUUUGGGAGCGCUGGGAUCGCUCGAGUUCCGUUAAGCAUUUUGUUCGGCCUCAGCUAUUCGGGAUGACUCACACCAAAUGGUAGCCAUGAAUGACGCGACGCUGGACCCCAUUUCAGAGACCUUCAUAGGUGCACUGGUCGCGGGAUUCGCUGCGCGUCACGCCUGAUAAUAACGGCCGGAUGCCCAUCUCGAUUAUGAAGUCACAGUGUCCAGACGAGUCAAUCUUACAGCAAAAACGAGUCGAUACAGUUAAAACGCCUUAAUGCACUACGAUUAAUUUCUCGAAGGGUAAAUCGUGAUGCGCAGUGGUCAAGUAUUUCUUUGAGUAACCCGGAUUAACGAUUAACGGUGCAUGUUUCG